GGCCGCCUGCAUGCGGCGGCGGCGGCGGCGGAGCUGCCGGGAGGGAUGAACGGCUCCUCGGCGGGGAUCCCGGGAGGGAUCCCAGGAGGGAUGAACGACUCGGCGGGGAUUCCAGGAGGGAUGAACGGCUCUCCGGGGAUUCCAGGAGGGAUGAACGGCUCUCCGGGGAUUCCAGGAGGGAUGAACGGCUCCUCGGCGGGACUCCCGGAAGGAAUGAACGGCUCCUCGGCGGGGAUCCCAGGAGGGAUGAACGGCUCCUCGGCGGCUGCGGGGCUGCUGGCGGGGGCCGGGGCCGCCGCGCUGGAGCUGGAGCGGGCGCUGCGCUGCUGCACCGCCGCCUCCGUGGUGACCGACGGCAGCGGCGCGGCGGCGGACGAGCGCAGCCUGCACGUCGUGCGAGUGGUGCAGAUCGCCGUCAUGUGCGUGCUGGCCCUCACCGUGGUGUUCGGCAUCUUCUUCCUCGGCUGCAACCUGCUCAUCAAGUCCGAGGGCAUGAUCAACUUUCUGGCCAAGGAGCGCCGCCCGUCCAAGGAGGCGGAGGCGGUGGUGGUGGGGCCGUACUGACCGCAGCGCGGACCCGCGGGCUCGGCCUGGAGCUUUUCCUCCUGACAAACCUCGGGCCGAUGCAUGCCGGAGGUCGGGAGAUGCUCGGGGUGACCGGAGCCGCCCGUCCCGGCUCGUCCCGGCUCAUCCCGGCUCAUCCCGGUCCCGUCCCGCCGCCCGCGGCUGCCGAAGUAAAGCGUGCUGUGAUGGCAACAGGGCUGUUUUGGAGGGAACGACACCCAAAAAAAUCCCCUGCGGCCCCAAGCAGAGCAGGUCCCCC